AAGAAAUGCCAUUUCCAGACGGAGUAUUUAUUUCCUCUAUUGAUGUUUGUACGAUCCCAUCUUGUCCUAGCCAGAAUACAUUGGCUACUCCUAAAAUGGAGCCGUUGAUCAACAAGGAAACUUGUCUGUGAAGAACAUUUUCAGCAGCGCCCGAGUCUCUCUCAUGACCAAACCACGCCCCUAUGUUUCUCCCUCUACGGGAACUCACCUGACCCCUAGACCCUCCACUAUGAAACGAACAAAUCUUAUGUCAAAGGCGGAAUGGAAGACAUCUGCAGCUUAUUCAUACGUUAUGGGUAAGGCAAAGGCCAUUCAAGCCAGUCUGGACACAAGAUAUCCAAGCUUCAUUAAAAUUCUACUCAGUUCCCAUGCUAAGUUUGAUGUCCUGAGUUUUCCAGUGGACUUUCGUAGAAACUAUUUACGUAAUGAUGAUAUAAUAACACUGGUCGGCGAAGAUGGUAUGAGGUUUCCAGUCGUUUACCAGACAAAUCUAGGACUUCGUGGUGGAUGGAAAGACUUCUUGGCUGCAUAUAACUUGCAAGUGGGUGAUGCACUUGUUUUCCACUUAGUAAAAAUAGAUGAACUCCAGGUUUACAGUGUGAGUGUGAACGAUUUGGAUCAUGGUGCACAAGAACAAUCAGGAAUAGAAGAGAGGAAUGGGGAAGUCGCAUGCCAAGAGAGUACAUCACAUGUUCAUGAAAACCUUGUCGAGGAUCAUGAGUUAGGUGAUGAAGAGUUCAUUUUCGACAAUGGUAAGGACAACUGUUCUUACAUUGAUAAAGAGGGUGAACUUGCAGAAAACACCGCAGGAGAAUGCAGUUCACCGGAACCAUUUGUGGACUUGAAGAAUUUCAAAAUUGUGGUAAACGGUUGCCUUGUUGACCCUUUGAUCUCUGUCUCAGCCCGUGUCAAGUAUUAUGAGCUAUGCUUGGCUAGGAACUCGUAACUACACAGUGAGCUGAGAAGCAACCACCAGCUAGCCACUGGAAUCAUACUUGAAACCGUCCGCAUCGUUGAUGCCAUCAAAACAUGUUGCCUUUCCACCUCCCAGAGCAACAUCAAAGAAUGGGAAACAAAUUUGGAAGGAUUCAAGCUCUUGGGAAUGGAUGUCGGUUUUUUGCUUGACCGAGCCAAGAAGCUCUUACGGUUUGCUGCUGAGUAUCAAGAGAGUGGAGAAGCAAAGAGGUAUUAUGAAGCUACAAAGAAAGAAAAACAUUUGGAUGAGGAAAUAGCAUCUGUGGAAACAAAGCUGAUGGAGCUAAAGCAGGCUAGGGCCACCCUUCAUUCUGAAAGAGAAGUUCUUGAGGCCCAUUUCAAGAAGCUGAGGUUGACGUUCCAAGAGACGGCGAAGAUGCCUUGGUGAUCUUCACCGGAUCUUGGUCGCUAUGUGUCGUCUGUUUCAUGUGCUAUUGUGCUAAGGAAGGAACUGGGAAAAAACUUCCAGUGUUGAGGGUUUGCCUUGUGCUCAUUGUGGGGUCAGUUUGAUGGGAGGAAUGAAUUGAAGUGUUUGUU